UGGGGGAGCGUGCGCUACAUCCGAGACUUCACCGAGGUGAGAUAGAAGCAUCAUUUCAGCUGGGAAACUACAAAUCUGUUCUGUUUCAGAAAGAGUCGAGCGGUGAAGAGGAAACUUGAAUCAUGUGUGGGAUUUUUGCUUACCUGAACUACCAAGUGCCACGCACCCGAAAGGAGAUAUUUGAGACGCUGGUGAAGGGUCUGCUGAGGCUGGAGUACAGAGGGUACGAUUCAGCAGGUGUUGCCGUAGACGGCCCCACCAAGACAACCACUGACCUCAACAACAACAACAGUAUCUGCUUAAUCAAGAAGAAGGGGAAGGUCAAGGCUCUGGAGGAGGAGAUCUACCAAAAAGACCGGGUGGACAUCAACGAGUCUCUGCACACACACUUUGGCCUGGCUCACACUCGCUGGGCUACGCACGGAGAGCCGAGUGCCGUCAACAGUCACCCCCAGCGAUCUGACAAAAACAAUGAGUUUGUCGUCAUCCAUAAUGGGAUUAUAACCAACUACAAAGAUCUGAAGAAGUACCUGAUCACCAAAGGAUACGAGUUUGAGUCAGAGACAGAUACAGAGGUCAUUGCAAAACUGAUCAAAUACUUGUACGACAAUCGAGAAAAUGACAGCGUCACGUUUUCCACGCUGGUGGAGAGAGUCAUCCAGCAACUGGAGGGAGCCUUCGCUCUCGUGUUCAAAAGUCGUCAUUACCCCGGAGAGGCUGUGUCCACCAGGAGAGGAAGUCCGCUGCUCAUCGGUGUGCGAAGCGAGCACGAGCUGCCAACCGAGCAAAUCCAUGUGCAGUACAACAGUGGUCACAUCAAGGAAGACGUCCAGGAGAAGAACAGCCAUAAUCGCACGGACUCGUCCAACGCCAUCAACUCAAACGAAGACGGCAGGGCCGUGGAAUACUACUUUGCCUCUGACGCUAGCGCCAUCAUCGAGCACACUAACAAGGUCCUGUACAUGGAGGAUGAUGACAUUGCAGCUGUCAAAGGAGGUGAACUCUCCAUCCACAGGAUUAACCGGCAGGCCGGUGACGAUCCAGUGAGAGCGAUUCAGACACUGCAGAUGGAGAUGCAGCAGAUCAUGAAAGGAAACUUUGAAGCUUUUAUGCAGAAGGAGAUCUUCGAGCAGCCGGAAUCAGUAGUUAACACCAUGAGAGGCCGGAUUUGUUUUGACACUAAUACAGUGGUUCUUGGAGGCCUGAAGGACCACCUGAAGGAGAUCAAACGCUGCAGACGGCUAAUCAUGAUUGGCUGUGGCACUAGUUUCCACGCUGCCGUUGCUACCAGACAGCUCCUGGAGGAACUGACAGAACUGCCCGUCAUGGUGGAGCUGGCCAGCGACUUCCUGGACCGCAACACCCCAGUCUUCAGAGACGACGUUUGCUUCUUCAUCAGUCAGUCAGGGGAGACAGCGGACACCCUGAUGGCCCUGCGAUAUUGCAAGGAUCGAGGAGCUCUUACUGUGGGUAUCACCAACACUGUGGGGAGCUCCAUCUGCAGAGAGACUGACUGUGGGGUCCACAUCAAUGCAGGACCGGAAAUAGGAGUGGCAAGUACCAAGGCCUACACCAGUCAGUUUGUGUCCCUCAUCAUGUUUGGCCUGAUGAUGAGUGAAGACAGGCUGUCGCUGCAGAAGAGAAGACUGGACAUCAUUAACGGCCUCAAGAUGCUACCAGAGCUGAUAAAAAAGGUUUUGUCACUGGAUGAGAAGAUUAAGACCAUAUCCAACGAGCUGUAUCAGCAAAGGUCACUUUUGGUUAUGGGACGAGGGUACAACUACGCCACUUGCCUUGAGGGGGCGCUGAAAAUCAAGGAGAUCACAUACAUGCACUCAGAGGGCAUCCUGGCCGGAGAACUGAAGCACGGUCCUUUGGCACUCAUCGACAAAGACAUGCCAGUCAUCAUGGUCAUCAUGCGUGACGGCUGCUACACCAAGUGUCAGAAUGCUUUGCAACAGGUCACUGCCAGAUCGGGCCGACCCAUUCUUCUGUGUUGUCAAGACGAUUCAGAGCUGAUGAAAAAUGCAUACAGGACCAUCGAGCUGCCACAGACUGUGGAUUGUCUGCAGGGCAUCCUCAGUGUCAUCCCCCUACAGCUGAUGUCCUUCCACCUAGCUGUCCUGCGAGGAUAUGAUGUUGACUAUCCCAGAAACUUGGCCAAGUCUGUGACUGUGGAAUAAUUACAGUCUACAAAGCUCAGCAGAGGAGACAGGUGGCCUUGGGUGAUUUACAGAGCAAUUGUGCAAUCAAACAUCGGGUGUGUGUGGAACAGGGUUGGGGUGAAGAACGGGGACCAUAGUGUGUUUGGAUUAUACUGUGAGUUAAAGAGAAAGCUGCAAAGCAAAGAAGGGUUUAAAACGGUACUACAAAGAAAAAGGACACAGAAAAAUCGGAAAUGUGACCAUGGCUUUACGGGACAAUCCAUAAAGCAUUCUCAAAGACCCUGACAGCCAAAGAAACCUUCUGUGCCUCUUUAUUGUUAGUUGAGCCAAAAACCUGUCGUAUGAAUAACCGUAAGGAACGGAAAUGGUACACUGAAGUGUUUACAGUUGUGCAAUAUGGACCGCAAACUCGGAUUUUGAAUGUACAUUAUGACAAGGUCAUUAAUUCUCCCCCUGUGUUGUAUGUCGUUGUAAAAUUAAAAAAUUUAGUUAUUAUAGUGUCAUUUUCUAAAUUUUAUUGUAAAAUCAUCAAAUUACUGGGCCUGGAGAACGAGUGAACUGUAAUCUUAUUUUUUUAUAUUAUUAUAUUUUUAAUUUAAAUAUUUUUGUUUUGAGGCCAGUUCAUAGGUGUUCAUCCAGGUCUUGUUUUAAGGUUUCUAUACUUCGACUUCGUUUUGCCAUGGGGAAUAUGUGAAAGCACAAAAAGGACUGCAACGCUGCAGUAAAAUAACUAAUUAUUACAAAUAAUUUUAUUACUUUUGACAACUAUUUGUAUGGGUCCUAUGGCAAUGAUAUUCUGUAUAUAACAGAAUUUUUUUUAAUUUUGUUUUUAUAGGGGCUAAGCAGAUAACUUGAUUGACAUCUUUAUGAUUGUAUUUUAUAUUGUAUGUUUUAUAAUGUUAAAUAAGCACUACCAAUCAAUAAAUUAAUGAAGUAUAUUACUUUUAA